AAAUGAGAACGAGGGUUGUUUUGCCCUUUGGUUAAUUAAGAGAAUCAUCAUUCAUUUCAUUUCAUAACCCUUUUGAGUUCUCCUCCAAUGGAUCCAAGAAUCUCAUUUUCAAAUGAUUUUGUUGAAACAAAACAGCCAUUAAAGCUUGAGAAUAUAUACAGAGAAGCUCCUGUUUCUUCUGAUUUUGAGUUUAGUGUGAAGGAUAGAUGUAUGAUAUCAGCAGAUGAGAUUUUUUUUCAAGGGAAGUUGUUGCCAUUGAAGGACAGUUUAAGGAAUCAUGUGUUGGUUAAGACAACACUAAGAGAUGAGUUGCAAGUGAAUGAAGAAGAAGAUGAUAUUUCAUUUCCUAAGUUCACAAAAAUUUCUUCAAGUAGCUGUUGGAAGGAGAAAUUUGGUUUUAGGAAACCUCAUUUUGUUGCAAAGAAACAGAGUAGAAAUGAAGUGGUUUUGAAAACUGUGGAAGAAGAAGAUAGAACUUCUGUUUUUCUUCAUGAAGACCUCAUUAAUAUUGCAAGAAAAAAUGGGAAAUGUUACUUGAAGAAAGCUAACUCACAAAGAUGAAAGGAAAUUAGAGAGAUGGUAAUAAACCAAUGUAAAGCAGAAGGAUAUUACAAGAUUAUAUCUUCAGAAAACAAAGCUUGUUUAUGGGGUUUAUGGUUAAAAGAGAAAGAAGCUUUUCCAAAUCUAUUUUGUUUAGUUACAAGAGAGAAAAAAAAAAAAAAAAAUCAACCAAAAACCCCUUUGUGAUAUCAGGUUGGGAACUGUAACUUAUUACUAUUAUUUAUUUUGUAUAAAUGUUUUUAGAUUUUCAUUAGCAACCUAGUUUUUCAUUUUAUGAUCACGUGUAAUUCCUUCAUGGAUUUUAUCAAUACAUUAUAACUCUCUUAUAUAUUCCUUU